AUCUCCCACCCCCACCCCCAAAAAAAGGAAAAACCCUAAGAGUUCGACUUAAACUUCUCCAACAGUUGGUAAUACACUGUUUUGAACAAAAAUUAGCAGAGAAUUGUGCUACGACAAAUUCAAAUAAUCAUAGGCGAAUUAGCGAAAGAAGCUGCUCGUCACCUCCAUUGACAACAGCUGCUCAUCUUUGAGGUUCUUCUCAUCACGAUUGUGCUCGUUUUGUCUUCUACCUGAUGACACUGAUGAGCUGCUCCAGUUUCUGCAUUGCCAUUUUCCUGUAUGACCAUCUGAAAAGCACUUCCUCGUCCAAAGCCUGGUGAAUAUGUGCCAGAGCAUCAAGAAGUCAGAAGAGGACAUACCUGUCCAUCCUUUAAUAAAAAGUGCUGCACUUUGGGGACAAAUUUGACAGUGAUGACAUAAAUGAUCAACGAGAUAAUGUCUUGAAACAUAUGAGAAAGUUAUGGAACAAUUGGAGAGGAUCGAUGCACAAGAAUAUUAAGUCUAAGCCAUUCCGUUAUGCUAUAAAAGAUGUGCCAAAAGGGGGUAGACAAGAGUGAUUGGGUAUGGCUGGUAAAGGAGCAUUUUUUUACUGAAAAAUUUAAGGAGACAAGUACAAGAAACUCGGUCAAUAGGUCUAAGUUGAGUAUGCCUCAUCGUACGGGUAGUAAACCAAUUAGGGAGAUCAUUUAUGAAAUGGGAGGUAAAGAUGGUAAACUACCAGAUGUGGCAACUAUUUUUUUUGAGACUCGUAAGAAGAACAACAAGCUUGUCGAACCUGAAACCAGUGAGAAAUAUGAUAAAAUCAAAGAAUUGAUGCAAUCUGAAUCGUCUCUUACAAAUAUUGAGGUUGUAGAAAGGUGCUUCGGACCUCAACAAAAGAGUCAUGUAGUUGGAUUUGGUGGUGGGAUAACCGCUAAGGAGUUGAAAGGUGGUAACUCCUCUAAAGCUGCAUUGUUGGAAAAGCUGAAUGCUACUGUAAAAGAAAAUGAAUCGCUUAAAGGACGUUUGGAAGGGCUAGAGAGUAAAUAUGAUGAGCUAGGGAGUAAAUUCUAACAUGGGUUGGACAUUUUCCAUGUUCUGAUCAUUUUUCCUUUUGCGAACUGCUUUGCCACCUGGUUGCUGCUUCCCAGUUACAUAAUUACAUCUUUUAGUAUUGUUACAUGGUGAUGUUGGAACAAAUAUUAACGUCCCUAGAUGCAGCUCGAUCCACAGUUGCAUUCAAUGCAACAGCAACCUCCAAAUUUUAACCUACAGUAGCUGGAACUUUUACAGAUGCUUCAACAUGUCCUGCCCCUGCUACUGUUUGUUGAUUAUUACUAGUGUUUGCUUUAUUCAAAACCUCCUCUUGUAUAUUUAUUCUAGAUCCUGAGGCAGUCAUAUCACCUUGUCGAUUA